GCACAGACUUGUCUGAUCAGCAGCUACUUAAACUCAGGUGUGUCUGCUGCACACUUUUAAUCACUUGUGUUCUGUGUUUUUCAUCUCCAAGUUCUUAACAAGGUUGAAUAUGGCAGCAACAGCAGCUGUUGGCAGACCUCCACCAGUUCAUCCAGGACCGGAUGGAGGGAAUGGCACCAACCAGAACCCAGGACCAUCAUCCCAUCCUCAGCACCACGUAUCUGCCCAGCCUGUCUUCUACGUCCAUGCUCCACAUCCACCCCCUUUCCUUCACUACCAGUGGCCCAUGCCCUUCUCCUAUAACCCCUUUGCUGGCUUCCCAGGCAUGGGCUAUGGUAUGGUCAUGCCCCCAUUCCCUCCUCCCCCCUACAUGGAGGCUCCAGCCUACAUCCUGCCCCACCCUCACAUCCCACCAGUCGACUACAGACUCUUGCUCCACCCCCAGGUCCACGCUUCCAACGCACCCUACCAGAACCCAAACCAGACCCGCAGAAUUCGCCAGCCUCAUUCUUUCCCUGUUAGAGAAACUGUGAAUUCUGAGGUCCAAACAGAACCCCCACAGAGAGGUGGAGAUGGUUAUGGUGGAGGAAGCCCACUCAUCAGCUCAGAUUCUGGACAUGGAGCUGCCUUAAGCUCUUUAUCCUCCUCGCGCUCCAGCUUACAAAAACAAGGAUCUCCCUCAAGCUCUCCAUCUUCCUCACACUCCUGCUUACAAAAACAAGGAUCUCCUGAGGUUAAGAAUUAUAGCUUACCCAGCAGACAAAAGAAGAAAGAUUUCCAGGUUGACAGGACAUGCACAAGUAGCUCAGUUAAACAUUGCUUCAACAUCCUACAUCCUACAGGAAUGAAGACUGUCCAACCUUGUAUCAGAGCAACUGUAGAAACACAGAAUAGGUGUAAAGACAGUGUAGGUCAGGAGAAUUUAGUCUCUUACAGAAACGCUCACUGCAAUAUGUGGUCAGUGAGUUCUACAGGCAGUAUGACUCCUGUGUGUAACUCUUCUCAACGAGAGGACGAAGUUGUCAAAGAGAGACGUGUCUCUGUUCCUGACAUUCUGAUGAGUUGGGGAGGUGGCACACCACAAGCGGCCAUACUGAAAAUGGCAGACAAGGUGCUGUCUCAGAAUGAAGACCAGCUGCUGUCUUCUGAAGUAGAGCAUGAAAAGUGUGUUUACCAGAGUCCGACUGAGACAAAUAAUGGUCCAUUGGUGGCUGAUGCUGACGGGAUCUUAAGUUCUACGGACAGUGAACUUGUUUUCAAGAUCCUCAAAUUGCCUUUUGCUCUAGAUGAGCUCCUCUCAGAGUCCAAAAUAGAAAAUGAUCCAGUGGGAUUGGUUGGUUCUGUACAGCAUAGCUUACCCUACAAUGAUGAACUGCUGCAUUCACUAAACAAAUCCCAGAAGCUCCCUGACUGUGAGCUAGAAAAUGACAGUGAGACAAAUCCACAUGAAGACACCACAGAGAUCAUUCCUUAUCAAAUGUCUUUAAGUAGUGGUCAGAUGAAGAGAAACAUGAAUGAGUCUGUGUGGUCUGUGGAGUCUCUAGCCCCCUUUGUCCCCACUAAGGAUUGGCUGACGCAAAAUGGCAUGUUUGAGUCUGAAGCAAUUGUUGAGAUGACAGAGGAAGCUAAAAAUGGCCAACUGUCACCUCAAAAUGACAACCUAAUUAUCAAAGCUAGUACAGAAAGGAGGCGCAGUCGGAGGUUUUCUUCUAUAUUUAGUACCCCAGCUGAGAAGCUAAGCCUACCAAAGAUGCCAGAAAUGGAGAGUGAAAUUGAUGACUCUGAUGACCUCAUGAGAGGACUGUCAAAGCAAGGCCAGAGUGUUGCUCCUUCUGAAAAGGACCCCUUGGCUUUCUCAACUUGCCUGAGUAAAAACCACUUAUCUACCCCAACUGAAGAGGAUGUUGGUGAAAAUAGGUCUUCUGAACCUGAGGCUAAUCAAAGCCCAAACCAGGAAUCUUAUAUUGUAACUGAGCAGCAAGUGAAAAGCCCCUAUAAAAGCCCAAACCAGGAAUCUCAUAUUGUAACUGAGCAGCAGGUGAAAAGCCCCUGCUCUCCUGAGCAAGAAGAAACUCUUGUCUCAAACUCUGCAGCAGGGAAGAAAAUCCUGUCUACAUGCCACUCUGAUAACACAGUGGACAUGAGGGUGGAGGAUGGAGUAUAUGGGAAUGAAGAAGAUGGUCAGGUGAGAAACGAGCAACUAUGCAUCCCUGUGGCUCAUCAGAAAAUAGUCGAAGUGUCUCCAUCCAAGGGACAUUUGGUGGACUGUGGCAUCCAAUGUUCUGAAUUACAGGAGCCGAAAUGCUCAUGUGAGGAGUUGAAAACCAACAUGGGACCAAAUGGAAAACACCUUUUUAAAUAUUCAGAUAUGAAGAAAGACAGCAAUGGCAAGGCUGAGGGAUUCUUCAUAAAUGGACACAUGCAGAAAAACCACAGGAGGCAUGGUCAGUGGAGGAACAAACGUCAAGAAAAGCACGGCAGUCAGCAGGAGGCCUACAACGGAUACUGUGGCAAGCCUGGAAAAUCAAAGGGUGGAAAUGGAAGAAACCCACAGUACUGAGCCCUGACCACACUCAACAAGACACUUGGUUUUAAAGAAAGAAUUUAAUAUUAAAAUGAAAUUAAAAUGUGUUUUCAAUAAAUGUUUUGUAUAUGUCAA